AUGCCGGUUCUGCCACGGGUGGGUCGGCCCUCCUCCUCCUCUCUACUGAACAACUGUAACGUUACUACAGAUGCUCGCCUGGAUGAAGCUGAUGCUGCAUUCAGCGACUGUCGGAAAUGUCACCAUCACGCAGAAACAGUCGGUCCCCGUGUGAUUGUGCUGCUACGUUCAAGGGGCGGGGAAGUACGACAGCCUGUGUUGAUAUAUCAUGGUAAAAUAGAAGAUGUACGGUAUACUAGUGUUUGCACAGGUGACGGUUUUCAUAUUUUGAAUAGUUUCGUCGGCAAAUAG